UCAGCAAGAUGAAUUCUCCAAUAUAAUGACUGCGCAGCAAAUUUCUUAAUAUGUUGAUUUCCAAAAUAAUUCUCAGGCAUUUCCUUUCAUUCUAUAAUAUCUUUUACAUCUGCGAGUACUUACACCAUGAAUGCUCUGCUAGAUCCUCCAUAGUAUUUUAAGGCUAUUCGACAUAUACUUAGUAGCUAGGGCAGAAGAAGAAGAAAUCAGUUUAGGGCCGUGUGAAUAGAUGGGGGAGACAAUGGAAUCGGUGGAUGUGAGAUGGGAGGAUUUGAGAAGGGAAGCCCGCAAAAUCGAGGGUGAUUUGGAUGUCAAGCUUUCUUCUUAUGCGAAGCUCGGAGGGAGGCUUGCCCAUGGAGGCUAUACAGAUGCUGGAUCAUCGACAGAUGUUAUUGCAGGUGAUCGAUCAUGGAAAUCAAUGGAAAUGGAGAUACAGUCAUUGCUUGAGAAGUUGCUGGACACAAAUGAUGCAAUGAGUCGUAGUGCAGCAGCUGCAACACCAACUACUUCUGUCACACAGAAACUUGCAAGGCAUAGAGAUAUUCUUCAUGAAUUUACACAGGAGUUUAAGCGCACCAAAGGAAAUAUCAAUGCUAUGCGGGAGCAUGCUGAGCUCCUUACAUCUGUUCGUAAUGACAUCAGUGAGUACCGGGCAUCUGGGAGUAUGUCACCUGGACCAAGUUUGCUGCGAGAGAGAGCAGCUAUACAUGGAAGUAUUACUCAAAUUGAUGAUGUAAUCAGUCAAGCACAAGCAACCAAAGGGGUCCUAAGUUCUCAAAGAACCCUGUUUGUAGAAAUUCAAGGAAAAGUCAAACACUUGAGUGACAAAUUUCCAGUUAUUCGUGGCUUGUUAGGAGCAAUCAAAAGAAAACGUUCCAAAGAUACACUCAUUCUCUCAGCUGUUAUUGCUGGUUGCACAGUGUUCCUUAUUCUUUACUGGAUGGCAAAGUGAUACUAUUACUUACUAUACAUGAUAGCUAAAAUGCAGUUGAUAUCAUGAUCUGAGUAGUGUUGAAAUGAGCCCUUGGGAACUGGGAUUUACCUUGCAUUUUAUUCAAGCGUUAUUCUUUAUUAGUUUCUUUCCUGAAUGUAGGGGAAAAUUCUACCCAAUGAAUUAUUUUGGAAUAAUUGUAAAUAAUUAGCAGCAAAUUGGUUUUUUGCUUGUUGCACAUAUAUUUAAAACUCCGCGCAGUUGGAUUUCUUAUUU